UGUGAUAUUAACAAAUAUUCAAAUGGCUAAAUAAUAAAAUAAUAAUUUUAUUUUGUAUGGAUAGAUUUUUGUAUACCCCUUAAGCUCUUGAAUUUAAAAUGUGUUCAAUUUGAAUAUAUACCUAUUAGUACAUAAAACUUAUUUAUAUUUAUCUUCUGGUAAUUACGGAUUUCGUGAUUCUGUUCACUGACUUAAAAAUUCAUUCCAAAUUUAUAUAUUUGUAUUCAAUACUGAGAAUUUUCACAUUUUUGUGACUUAAAUACAUUUUGAUACACGGGAUUAGUAAUCCAAGUAAACUAAAAUUCAAGUAUUAAGCCAUGGAGAUGAAAAAACAUCAAGAAGACCAGUUUGCUAAAUUGACAGCAUUUUUAAAUGAAACAAAACAACCUUUCAUCAAUGUUCAAACGGAUCAAAUUACUCGUGCAAUGGAAUUACUUAAAGUAUUGCCUGCAGCACAAGACGCUGUUCUUGAAUAUUAUGGAAAAUUUUUUGAUUAUGCAAUUUCUACAUAUUUGAAACAGCUUAAAGUUCAGGUAUUAUGUUUAUGAUGGAAGAAAUAAUAACAUAGGUUAUAGAUGCAUACUCUGCAAACUAAUAUAAUUAUAUUUUAUAGCCGUCGUGGGUGGAAUCUUCAAAUACUUCAUCGCGACAUGAACCACCAAUUAUUCCACCAGAAGUGAUAGAAAACGUAACCAAUAUACGUGAUGUUCUUUUGAGGCUAGUUGAAGAAGAUCAUCUAGUUUGGGCUCCUGUUGUUCUACAUUGGUCUUAUAAGUUAUUAGGUAAAAAUAUAUACUAUAUUAUAAUUGAUUUAGUAAUUGAUAUAAACAAUUAAAUUGUAUUUUUAAAUGUCAAUUCAUUAUUAUUAUUGCAUAGGGAAAGUAUCUAAACACUAUAACAUGCAUGAAUUUGCUAGAAUGCCGUUGGGAGAUAUGCUUAGAUUUUGGUCUCAGUGUUCAGUUGCUUAUAUUCUAGUAGAUAUAAACAAUAAAACUAUUGCUAAAAUGGUAAAAUCAGAAGGAGAGCGUUCUGUUGAUUCUAUGAUAGGUUAGUGGGUAUACUUUAAUUUUUUUUUCCUCUCCCUCAAUCCUCCCAUUUUGUAACAAACUAUGUUGUAAUUAUAUGUACAAAUAAAUAAAACCUAUGAAUCAAUAAGAAAAAUAAUAACAUGAUAAAUAUUAUGAUUUUAGAAACUAUGUUAGGAUAUAAGAGUUCUAGUUUUGAGUGGGUACUAGCUCAAAUUGGUGACAGCUUUCCAUCGUUAGUCAUUAUGGAUAUGCUAUUGUGUGGCAUAAAAGAAAUGUGUGCUACUAAUAAAUUCAAACACGUGAGUUUUAUAACUAUCAUAUUAUGUAAGAUAUUAAUAAAUUAAUAUUUAUUUAUUCAGACUGAAAAGUUAAACUCUUUCAUCCGAAUUCUCGAUCACCUGUCGAUAACAUAUUUUGCAAACAUAAAAGAGGUUGUUUUACAAUUAUUCAAGGUUUGUUAAAACAAUUUAAUUGUUAUUAUUUUAUUUAUACUAAAAUAAUUCAUACUAUAAUCAUUGUAAAUAGUUAAGUCUCAGCGAAGAGCAUCAAAAAAUGACUGCUGAAAAUGUGACGAUAGUCCCUUUUUUAUUGCACAUGGCCAUGUGCUCCUCAACACUUCUCAAGUCAAUGUUGUGUGAAAAUUUAAUUCAAAGUAAAUAUGUAUAUAAUAGAAUAUGAUCCAGCGUGAAUGAUAUUGCGUAUUAUAUAAUUUAUACAUAUUAUUUAUUGUAACAUUAAAUAAUUAUUGUUAGAUAUAAUAUAAAUUAUUAAUUGUAACAUUUACUUGUAUGUUUCAGUUACACCAGAAGUAUUAAAUAAAUUAUUACCUUUAUAUCCACAGUGGAAGGACUUUUUUGAUGACCAAUGUAAUUUGUUAGAUAUUAUGGUUCAAGUUUUGUUGAAUGCAGAUCGAGGAAUCAAACAUGUAUUCAGUUUAAUAUUCCAAUUAAUUGACUGUGAAGAUCCAAAGUUUAAAAUUUUGAAAACUGGUGCCCAGUCAUUAUUUGGUAAAUAAGAUUAACUUAAAUAAUUUUAAUAUUUAUAAAGAACAUAAUUUUUAAUUAAUAUUCUUUGCAUAGAAUUAUUCCUUGCUGAACUUGAAUAUUCACUCAGAACAAAUCAUACAACACCUCCCAUAGUUAAAGCACUAGUCACAAACCUGCACACUAUCAAGCCAUAUUUAUUAUCAACAAAUGUCAAUGUGGCUCAACCAGCUGCAAGGCUUUUAAGUUGUAUUGGUUGGUACUUAACGUUCAAUUUUAUGAAUUAAAUUUAAAUUUUAACUCUGGCUUUUAUUUUAGCAAUUAGAGACGAAGAAUGUUUGUUGCCGUAUAUAGCUACAAUGUUAGUUGAAUGUGAAAAUGGAACACAACUUGAGACACUAGUUGAAAUUCUUUCAUUCGGCGUUAACAUGGCUAACUUUGAUGGCGGUUUAGUUUAUGCUCUGGUUAAACCUGAUAUUUCUUUAGCUAAUGUCUGGAACAACAUUAAUACUUUACUGAGGUAAAUUAUUAUAGUUAAAUUUAAUUAUAUUAUAUUUAUUAAUUUUAUUUAUUUAUUAAUUUAUAUUGUAUUAUACACAUUUUCAUUGUAGUUUGGAAUCUGAUCCACCUGAAGGCAUUUCACUUCAUGGUGUUUCAAUGGCUGUAGUAUCUCAUUUGGAUAAAAUAUGCCGAUCAAUGAUUGAUUGUUGUCAUAGUGGAGACAUGUAUUCUGCACAUUUACUAUCAUCAAUACUAUCAAAAGUUGCUGCAAAAUUAUGCAUGAAAGAAAUGUCUGUACCUAAAGUUUUGUAUUGUGUAAAAGCGGCUGUAUUAUAUUUCUUCACUUGUCUAUUUAAAGAACAAGGUUUGUUUAUUGUUGUAUGUCAGUUUUUUCCUACACGUGCGUACAUUAACUAUUUGUUACAGAUGAAAUGUUUAAACUGAAAGCAUGUCUCCGAAUGAAUAAAUUUGUCAAUACUGUUAGUUAUCGGUCAUCAAUUGCCAGAACAGCUGCUAUGAAAUAUAUUUUAGAUGGUGUAUUGAAGGAACCAUUUUCAUUGUUAUUUGUUAUGCCUGCUAAUCGACGUAAUGACUAUAUAAUUCAGCCACUUGAAAAGACUUCAUUGAUGGGAAUAUUCCUUCAACAGGUUUUUAUUGUAAUACUUGAAAAUUAAAAAAUGUUCAUUUAAAUUUUUUGUAUUUGAAUAGAAAUUUAAUUCCAUGUUUGGUGAAGAAAUUAGUGUUAAAUUUGAUAAAGACGAAUUGCAUCCAAAGCAUAAAACACCUGUUUUUGAUGCUAAAAGUGUACAAUUUAAUGAACUACGUCUGGUCUCAUUUUUACGUUCUUGUUAUUCAUCUGAUGAAUGUUAUUCAUUUGAACCGACAUUAGAUACAGUGGUUUCUCUAGCAUUAUUAGUCGUUCAAUUUGUUUCGCCGGAUGUAAUGUAUAAUGGUUUACCGUGGCCUGAUGAGGAUUUUACAAAAGUAAAAUAAUUUUAAUUUAUAGUAUUUAAAUUAGAGAAUAAUACUUACUUCAUAAUUUGUUAGGUGACUAUAGAAAGAGACGUACAUAUUUACCAUACAAUUACCACCAAACCGAUACUGUGGACAAUACUUGGUAUACUGGCUGGUCAUCGACCAGCGCUCUGCUAUUGUUCAGUCCUGUUGCGUGCAGUUUGUGCUUGUUUGAUUAACCAUUGGGGAGCAGUUAACCAUACUAAAGGAAAAUCUAAAGAUAAUCCUCAGUUAUUGGACGAAACUGUAAAACUAUUAAACACUAUGUCAUUAGGUCAGCUUUUACCCAAACCCUUAGAUGUUUUGGGCGUUAUUGUUCAAGAACUCACACCGCAACAAGUAAUAUAUUAUGUUAACUACUGUAUUUAUUCGGAAAAUAUUAUUUCUAUGGUUAUUAAUUUAUUAUAUUUGUGAAAUGUAAAUUUAAAUUUUAGAUAUUGAUUGUCUUGCGUGAUUGUGUUUGGACGUAUACAAGAGAUCAUAUACCUGCACCAGCUCUUUUUUUACGAAAUAAUAUAGGUGGCAUGUGGAGGGACACAAUGGCUGUUUCUGUACCUAAACCAUACUCAGAUUCUUUACGGCUCACUAUGAUAGAAAACAUAUCACAAUUUGGUGAUUUAUAUGCCAGACUAUUUACUAAUAAUAAAGAACAGUCAACCGAAACUUAAUUUCUUUAACUACAUGUAUAUUUCGUAUAUGUUUACAGUAUAAAUUAUUAAAUGUGUAUAUUUUUCAAAUGUUUAAUUUUUAUGUUG